AUGGGAGAAGCCAAUGCUGCCCCCACCAUUUCCCGUGCUUCAGAUGAGCGAGCUGCGGAAGCCUGCUCAGUCAGCUUGAGUGCGUCGCCUCACAGCGAACAACAUGAGCAGACCCUUCCCGUCCCCACUCACCCUGUGGUGCCCGCACCCAGCUGGCGGCGAGACUGCGCCAUUUUCCGCUGGUUCAAGCGACCGAAAACGGAGCCGCGGGAGAAGCCGGAGCAGAGACACGAGGCUGCGCUGACGUGCGUCUGUACGUCGUCCGUCGAAGAGGAGUUCGAGAAUAAAGAUUUCCAGAAGAACUCGGCGAACCGCGGAGUCGCUGGAUCGUCUAGACGUCCAACCUGGAAGCAGCCCGGGAACGAAGAGGGCGAAGAGAAGGCGUUGACGCUGUACGAGCGGGACCGGUCGUCGUUCUUCUCCGACUCCGUCUCUGCUCGCGCGGAGCCGCUGGUGGAUGUGCUGUACUUUCCCGGAACCCGCAUCGCGAUUCCUAGGUCCAUCAUUCUCUUCAUGUACAUCCUGUCGGCGUUCCUGACCGGGAGCACGUACUUUGGAUGGCCCGCGUUCUCCCAUCUCCUCUUCAAAUCUGGGGCGUUCAGCUGGGAGUGUCCUGUUGACGAAGAUGGCGUUGUCAUCAAGGCGCUUCCCAGUCCGACGGGAAACGGGUCGGCGAAGCCUUUCAUCUGCGACCAGCAAGACGCAGCCGUGGCGCCGCUGUUCACCGUCGCGCAGGUUUCCGAGUGCUUCAUGUGCAUCUUCUCGGGUGUGCUGCUGGACAACCUGAGUCCGAUGGUCGUCUCGCUCCUGGGCCAGCUGUUGAACAGCACAGGCUGGAUUCUCCUCGCGUGCAGUUCAAAGAACUUCAGGGCCUACAUCCCCGCGAUGAUCUGCAUCGGAUGCGGCACCGAGACGACGUAUCUGCCCCUCCUGCGCGUCGCGAGCCUCUUUCCAGGGCGCCGCGCGACGGUCAUCACGGUGAUUGGAGCGGCGAAUAGCGCUGCGUUCGCCAUUCCUCUGAUUCUCGUCAAAAUUUGGGAGGCGGCAGGCCCGGCCUGGUCCUUCGGCGACAUCUGCGCCUUCUACCUCUGCAUCGGUCCCCUGUUCUGUGCCGUGAUCACAAUCUGCUUCAUCCCGUACAAGGGGUUCACCUGGGAUGUCGACGAGCAAGAGGACGGCAAGGCGCAGAAGGACGAGAUGAAGAGACCAGUGCAUGCGCGAGGCAGCUUCGACAGCGGGGUGUUCAGCCACAGCCCAAGCGGAAGUAUCCUCGAAAAGCUCAAAAUCCAGCAGAAGGUCUCGGUCGGCGGCAGCGUACCCACGACUGGCGAAACGCCUGCGGUGGUGCUGAGUUCCCUCGCCUCGGACUCCCCGUCCCCCUCGAGCUCGUUCCUCGUCUCUGUGGCGUCUCCGUUCCAGGAAGGAAGCCCAGAUCCUCACGGUCUGCCAGCCUUCUCCCGGCUGGUGACUCAGGAUUGCCGACGCUGCUCUGCCUUCGAGGUCGGAGACGCUCGCCAGGAAGACGCCGCUGUAGACUGCGUCCGCGAAAUCCAGCACAAGGGGCGCGGACAAGCCUCGACACCGGUUCCCGAGGCGUUGCCGGAAGAUAAAGCGUCCUGUGAAGACGACGAGGUCCAGGGUCCGCCCUCGCCGCACCUGCAAGACGCCACGAGGCUGGUCGACCGCGCUGGCAGGCGAGGACGACCAGACGAGACUCAAGCAUGCGGGAAGCGCGUCAGCACGGAGCAAGAAGUCCAAACGCUGCGGUCAUUGUCGAAUCUCUCGCGACAGUCUUCCCGGAGUCUCGGCCAGCGGCCAGACUCGGUGUGCAGCGAGGUGUACCGCGAGCGGUCGGCGAGCCUCGUGCAGCACAUGUUGGCGACGCGGGGGGCGGAGGCCGGCCGCUGCUCUUUCGCGUCGUCCUUCAACAUGCGUUCGCGACACCUGGCGACUUCGCGCCUGUCCUGUCCCUCUGCCGCACCGAAGCCGUCUUUUUUGGAGCAGUUGUUUUCCAAGUACUUCCUCUGCAUCUGCGUGUACACCUGCACGACUGCCGUGGCAACGGCGUUUCUCCAGAGUGCCGCCUCACGAGUGUACCGGGAAGACGUCCUGGAGGUCGCCGAGAUCGCCUUCUGCUUCACCUUCGUCCCGUGCGUGAUCAUGGGCUGGAUCAUCGAUAACGUGGGUUCCUUUCCGGCCUUCGUGCUUACGAACACGAUGGCCAUCGUCGCUCUCGUCUGCGCCACACUCUCGAACUCCGCCACCGUCCAGUACAUCUCCGUCGCGGCGUUCUGCAUCCACAUAAGCGUCGAUAACGAACAGAUCUUCUGCUACGUCCAGUCCAUGUUCCGCCCCGAACACUUUGGGAAACUCAGUGGCCUCUUCAUCGCGUCCGACGGCCUCUUCGCGCUCAUCGCCAUCCCCCUCUACGACGACAUCACCGUUCGGCUGCUGGGAGGCAACGCGAUGCCCGUCGCUCUCGGCCUCACCGUCGUCCUCGUCCUCGUGUACAUUCCCAUCGUGGCCCUCUGGGUGGUCAAAAGGAAACAUUCGAAUCCGUACGGAGUGCAUGAGCAGUGCGGCGCCAUGGAGCAGCCAUGUGCAGAGGCCGGAAAGAGGUGCGAUCUGGCCGACAGCCGUCGGCUCUCCGAGGCGCUCUUUCAAGACAAGUCGUGA